AUGGCCUCGCUGCUGGGCGCCUACCCGUGGACUGAGGGACUGGAGUGUCCCGCCCUGGAAGCCGAGCUGUCGGAUGGGCUAUCGCCGCCCGCAGUCUCCCGACCUUCAGGGGACAAGGGUUCGGAGAGCCGAAUCCGGCGGCCUAUGAAUGCCUUCAUGGUGUGGGCCAAGGAUGAGAGGAAACGUCUGGCAGUGCAGAACCCGGACCUGCACAACGCGGAGCUCAGCAAGAUGCUGGGAAAGUCAUGGAAGGCGCUGACACUGUCACAGAAGAGGCCCUACGUGGAUGAGGCAGAGCGGCUGCGUUUGCAGCACAUGCAGGAUUACCCCAACUACAAGUACCGGCCCCGCAGGAAGAAACAAGGCAAGCGCCUCUGCAAGCGUGUGGACCCUGGCUUCCUCCUGAGCUCCCUCUCUCGUGACCAGAACACGCUGCCUGAGAAAAAUGGCAUUGGCAGGGGGGCCUUGGGGGAAAAGGAGGACAGGGGUGAGUACUCCCCAGGUACCACCUUGCCUGGACUGCACAGCUGCUACCGCGAAGGUGCAGCUGCUGCCCCUGGCAGUGUGGACGCAUAUCCCUACGGGCUGCCCACACCCCCAGAGAUGUCACCCCUGGAUGCACUGGAGCCGGAGCAGACCUUCUUCUCGUCCUCAUGUCAGGAGGAGCAUGGCCACCCCCAUCACCUCUCCCAUCUACCAGGGCCCCCUUACUCACCGGAGUUCACACCUAGUCCCCUUCACUGCACCCACCCUCUAGGUUCUUUGGCCCUUGGCCAAUCCCCAGGGGUCUCUAUGAUGUCCUCUGUUCCUGGAUGUACCCCAUCUCCAGCCUACUACUCCCAUGCCACCUACCACCCUCUCCACCCCAACCUCCAGGCCCAUUUGGGCCAGCUGUCUCCACCUCCUGAGCACCCUGGCUUUGACACCUUGGAUCAGCUAAGUCAGGUAGAACUUCUGGGGGACAUGGAUCGCAAUGAAUUUGACCAGUAUUUGAACACUCCUGGCCACCCUGACUCUGCUGCAGGAGUAGGAACCCUCACUGGGCAUGCCCCGCUCUCCCAGGGGACUCCAACAGGCCCUACAGAGACCAGCCUCAUCUCCGUCCUGGCUGAUGCCACGGCCACGUAUUACAACAGCUACAGUGUGUCAUAG